GUCUGAAAACUUUGUUGGAAAUGAAUAAAGUAUACUACCUUUGUUGCUAGCCACAAGGGUCUCUCUCGCCGGUAGCAAUGGCGAAUUCUAUUCUGUUAACAACCCCAAUCUCUUCCUCUGUUUUAUAUCCCAAACCCAAAUUCCCCACCUUGAAAUCAUCCCAUAUUGUCACUCCAAAACAAAUCGCCUCCAAAUUCAUAUACCCGAAUCAUAUCUCUGCUAAUGGCAGACUUUCAGCUACCAAAUUCAAAAUUCUUCACAAGCUACGCGCCACCUCCGAAGUGGGCGAGACUAAAGAACUUCUCUCAGGGGAAGACUCUGCAAAUUUCGACUUGUCCAAGCAGAAGCUCUCAUCCUGGAUUUACUUCGCCCUAAUUCUUGGAGUUGUUCUCUUUAUUCUUAAUCUUGUUUGGAUUGACAACUCCACUGGCUUCGGAAAGACUUUCAUUGACUCUAUUUCCACCGUCGUCUCCGAUAGCCCUGAGGUUGUAAUGUUUAUGCUUACAUUAAUCUUUGCCAUAGUUCAUAGUGGCUUAGCUAGUCUUAGAGAGACAGGUGAGAAACUCAUCGGAGAACGUGCAUACCGUGUUCUAUUCGCCGGAGUAUCUCUCCCGUUAGCUGUUAGCACUGUUGUGUACUUCAUUAACCAUAGAUAUGAUGGGACACAGUUAUGGCAAUUGCAAAGUGUUAGUGGAUUACACGAGCUUGUCUGGUUGGGUAACUUCAUUUCAUUCUUUUUCCUAUACCCAUCAACCUUUAAUCUACUAGAAGUUGCAGCUGUAGACAAGCCUAAGUUACAUCUUUGGGAAACUGGGAUCAUGCGAAUUACGAGACACCCACAGAUGGCGGGUCAAGUGGUUUGGUGUUUGGCUCAUACAAUAUGGAUAGGAAAUACAGUGGCUAUGGCUGCUUCUAUUGGAUUAAUUGGUCAUCAUCUGUUUGGUGUUUGGAAUGGAGAUAGGAGAUUGGCUCUAAGAUAUGGUGAGGCUUUUGAGGCUGUGAAGAACAGAACUAGUGUUGUUCCGUUUGCAGCUAUUGUUGAUGGUCGUCAGAAACUGCCCAAGGAUUACUAUAAAGAGUUCAUUCGAUUGCCAUAUUUGACAAUCACUGGCUUCACCUUGGCUGCUUACUUGGCUCAUCCACUUAUGCAGGCGGCUAGUUAUCGUCUUCAUUGGUAGUAGUAGAAUACUAGCUACCCUCACUAACUCAUAUCAAAUAGAAACACAUCGUACAAUCAUUCAUCUGUUUCAUAUUUUAUUAUAUAAGUUUCAAAGGUACAUAUAUUAGAGUCCUUAUGUUACCGA